GCAGCGGAAGACUAGACUUUAAAAAAAACCACACACACACACACACACACACCCAGCCUGAGGAGAAAGCUGCACACCUACUGUCGCGACAUCAAGAAAAAGGUGAUAUUUUGUUCGCUUUUUUUUUUUUUUUUUUUGCAGCCGACGGAUCCCUGCAAGGGCUGGUGUUUCUGAUUAAGCAGCAUUUCGACAUCACAGAACCUGGCAACCCUCGGAGAGAGUUCACCCUUUCCACGCCUCACCCGGCUCAGUUCCAGAGAGAGCAUCUGAUCCACCGCCUGACUGCUAAUCCACCUCCCGGUUGGUAACUCAUGACCUCGUAUCCCCGAGUCCUGAUGUGGCGGUGAUAUGGGAGAGUGGUGGACAACUGUGCCAAUAGGGACGUCUCUGGGAAACUAUGAUAUCUCCAGCAUAUCGCAUAUGACGAUGUCCCCCUCGAGACAGAACAACCUUGUGUCAAUGUACUCGUCCUUGCCACUGACCAAAAGCUCCUACAAUGUGAUAAGUGCCUUUUGCACAGAGGAUAAUAUUCCUCAGUGCAUCACAUACAUCAAUCAGGAGCUUGACUCACUGGGCCUCUCCUCGACAUGUAUUGAGGCCAGCUCAUCGGGGGGAGCCAGCCUGAGCACAGUGCCAGCUCUGAACGCCAUGUAUGAGCUAAUGCAGAUUCACCGGCGCGAUAUGUGCGCUUUAGAGGAUCUCGAGAAAGAACAACUGAAGAAAUCCAGCAGCUUGGACCACAUGCAGAUGAACAAUUCCAGACUAAAGGAUCAGUUGGAACUGUCCAUAAGGGAGAAAUCAGGUCUACAUGAAACAGAGAGGCAGCUACAACUCAAAAUUAAGACUUUGCAGAGCUGCUUGAAAACCGAAAAGGAUGAGGUUCAAAAGCUGCAGAGUAUCAUCUCCAGCCGGGCCUCUCAGUACAGUCAUGAUGCUAAGAGGAAAGAGAGAGAAGCUACAAAGCUCAAGGAACGCCUCAGUCAGCUACUGGUUGACCGAAAGGAUAAGAAACUAGCUAUUGAUGUUCUGAAUUGUUUGGGACGGUCUGAUGGAAAAAGGAGCCACUGGAAGACUGCGAAGGCGACAGUCGGCCACGAGGGAGAAAUGUACAAGUCCUUGCUCAAUGACUACGAGGCGAGUCAGAGGUCCUUGAUGGUGGAGAACGCUGAGCUCAAGAAAGUUCUCCAACAGAUGAAGAAGGAGAUGAUCCAUAUCCUGAGUCCACGUAACCCCUCUCCCAGAGGAGGCACUGCUGAUGACAGCCAGGAUCAGGUUGAUUCAGACGGGGAGGAAAAGGCGGGCAACUCUAGCAGGGAAACUCUGGACCAAUCCUGUGAGCAGGCCAGGGAGCAGCUCACCAACAGCAUCCGCCAGCAGUGGAGGAAACUGAGGAACCACAUGGAGAAGUUAGACUGCCAAGCCUUGCAGGUGCAGAAUCAGCUUGAGUCCAAUAAAGAGGUGAUACCCAGGGAGACUCACGAGGACGAGAUGGAGAGGAUGAGGCGUGAAGUGCAGCAGUGCAAAGAGUUCAUUCAUGCACAGCAACAGCUCCUCCAGCAACAACUCCACACUUCGUUUGAUGACGAGACAGCCGCUCUUCUUAAUGACUGCUACACACUGGAGGAGAAGGAACGUCUCAAAGAGGAAUGGAGGCUGUUUGAGGAGCAGAAGAGAAACUUUGAGAAGGAGAGAAAGAACUUCACAGAGGCUGCUAUUCGCCUGGGACGGGAGAAAAAGGCCUUUGAGGAGGACCGUGCUUCUUGGCUCAAGAAUCAGUUUUUGAACAUGACUCCCUUUACAGACCGACGGAGAUGUUCCUCGUCUGACGGUCAGAGUGCCUUAUCAAUCAGAAGUGAGCCAGAGAUGAGGAUAUCUUCCACCAAAGCUCAGCCGGUAAAAUCGUCAACCUACGCUACGUUCUCCACUCCUAAACCUUCACAAAGUGCUACUGUGCCAUCCACCACUGAACUUUACCGGACACUCCGCCUCAUACCCGACAGCAGUUCCUCAAGACAUUCUAAUCGAGGACGCUGGCAAGAGUCCAGCAGCAUUGAAGAUGUUCGGGUCAAAUCGAAAAACCGAGUCCAAUGUGGAGACUUGAGUAUCUUCUCUUUGGGUGAAGAUGAAAACAGCCUCACUUGAAGAACCUCCAGUGCCUUUCCUUUUUUGUGAUUUUAAUUUCGCAGUGGACUUUAGGAUCAAUUCAUGGCCGACGAACACUACGCAUUGCAGAUGCUUUGUUAGGGACAUGCACAUUCACCAAAGCUGAUCAAACAAGAAAGCACUUUAAUGUUUUUCACCAUUGUUCAUUUAUUUCCUUUUACAAACAAAUCAACACUGAUUAAUCAGAUUUUAAGCUAUAUUCAAAAGAGGGGAAUCAACCAAGUAGUGAUCUGAUCAUAUCGGAGUAAGAAAUCUUUGUACAUGUUGAUGAUUUUCAAUGUUUUAGUUUAGAAUUAACUUUAAUAUUGACAUUAUUAUGAUUUUAAUGGGAGCAUAUAUUGAUAUAAGAUUGAUAAUGAUCUUCCAGGCUGGUGUAA